AUGACACCCUGUACUUUCACGAGUUCUCCUGGUCUAGAAGCAUCCCCGUUCGGCAUCUUCAUUCUCCUUCUCUACCAUUUCCUCUUUUCUUUUCUUGCUUUUUCAUCCUCCGCCACCUCCUCCAUCACCAUCACUAUUUUUUCGUCUCCUUUUUAUCUGUUUUCUCUUUACUUUCUCUUUCUUUCUGUCUUUUCUUCUUCUUCUUCUUCUUCUUCUUGGUCAAUUUCUUUUCCAUCCCUGUUUUCUUUCUUUCUUUCUUUGGAUCUUUUUCUUUUUUUUUCUUUCUUUCUUGAAUUAUUUUCCAUUUGCCCUUUCUUUCUUUUUCUUUUUUUCCGUUCUUUUUUCUUUCUUCAGGUUCUUUCUUUUUCUUUCUUUUCUUUGUUUUCUUUCUUUCUCAUUCUUUCUUUCUUUCUUUCUUUCUUUCUUUCUUGUUAUUUCUUUUUUUUUCUUCAUGUUCUUUCUUCAACUUUUUUCUUUCUUUCUUUCUUUCUUUCUUUCUUUCUUUCUUUCUUUGACGUUUCUCUAUUUCUUCUUGUUUCUCUCUUUCCUUUUCAAUCAUCAACAUUCUUUUAUUUCUUUGGUUUCUUUUCUUCUUUCUUUGAUUAA